ACACGGGCAACAUCAUUGUCCGCCUACAACAAAAUGGCGAAUCCACCAAAUGCGACGCAGAAUCCCUUCUCGUCGUCGCCUGCUUUUGGCACUCCCGCUCACCCAUUUCCGCCCACCGCCAGCAAGCGACCCAUUCCCGCCCCACCGGCAUUCAAGCCUCAGAUUGCGACUAUCCUUCCUAUACUGCUCCCGCCGACGAUAUUACGCCCGCUUGCCUUCAGGACUUUCACGAAAAAGCAUAACCUUACACUCAACUCUUCCGCACUUCAAGCAUUAGCCACAUUCAUCGGCCGGCAUUGUGGCUCAGGAUGGCGAGAAGAGGGAACGGGAGAGAAGGUGUUGGAGGAGGUGGCCAAAUUGUGGAAGGCUGAGAACGGCCCCGUCAUUGUCGAGGACGGCAAAAUGCUGCAGACAAUUUUGAAAACAUUAGAAGGGUGCAUGAGUGGUGGCAGAAUUGGGACACCAAAGAGUGGGAACAGCUUGAAUCCAAGCCGACAAAACAGUUUCACAUUUGGCAACGACUCUGCGAUAGAUCUGCUGGGCGAUAGACCAAGUUUGGAGCGACAAGGCAGCUCUUUUGGUUUAAGUGCCCUGAGAGUGCAAAGUCCAGCGCUUGGUGCCGAGGAAGAAGAGCAUGGAAGUCAAGAACCCAGGAGUUGGCUGAAGGUCAUCAGUGCCUUCGAGCAGCCUCGUUUCACCUACGAUGCGGGCAAGAAGCAUUUCAUGAAAAUUGAGGCCAAGGCGACACCGUUCCCAAAUCCCAGACAGAAGACCGCUGUGUUCAAGGAACGAUACAACAUUAUAUACCAGAGACUGCUGCGAAACCCAGCAUUCCAGGCGCCGUCACUAUCGGCCGGUGUGCCAACGCUUAAGAGGCAAGGUACUGUCACCGAGAGGAGCUUUUAUAAAAUCACACCUGUUGCAAACCUCUUAGGAAGAGGUGGCAGCUCACAUCUGCUCCUGGGCAUGCUAGUGAUAGCGCCGACCGGAAUGUUGGCGCUGAACGAUCUGAGUGGAAGCAUUACCCUGGACUUACAACACGCCACAAGCAUGCAAGAAGGUCAGCCUUACUUUUGCCCUGGCAUGAUCGUGCUCGUAGAUGGCGUGUACGAAGAGGACUGGGCUGGUGCUGGUUCAAGCGGCUUGGGGAAUACUGGAGGUGUCGGGGGAACAAUUGGCGGCAGAUUUGUCGGCUUCGAGAUCGGAGGUCCCCCCGUGGAACGACGCGACGUCUCGCUGGGAGUCAACCUGAAGGCAGAUGAUCUUGGAGGAGGAUUUGGCUGGACAGACUUUCUUGGCUUGGGAUCCGAGCGCGCUGUAGGCACACGCAUGAAGAAAUUGGAAUCACGACUCAUAGGCACAGAGUCAGACAUCGAGGACACUGCUCGAAAGAUGAUCAUCCUAUCAGAGGUGACGCUAGAUCAACCGUCAACUCUUUCGGCUCUGCGCAAACUGCUUGAGCAGUACGAAGCGGCUGAACAACCACCAAUGGGCUUUGUGCUGGCGGGCGAUUUCUCGAGCAAGGCUGCCAUGGCAGGAGCCAGUACCGGUUCGAUCGAAUACAAGGAGCUGUUCAAUGAGCUUGCAGCUGUCUUGUCAGACUUUCCAACUUUGCUUCGGAACUGCACAUGGACAUUUGUGCCUGGAGACAACGACCCCUGGGCAUCGUCUUUCAGCGCGGGGGCAAGCACAUUACUCCCUCGCGAAGGCGUGCCGGACCUCUUCACCAGCAGGAUUAAGCGCGCAUUCGCAACCGCCAAAGCUGAAGUAGGGAUCAAGAAAAGCGAAGUGGAUGGCGAAGCAAUUUGGACGAGCAACCCAACAAGGCUCAGCUUGUUUGGUCCUUCUCAUGAAAUGGUUGUGCUCAGAGACAACAUCUCUGGUCGCUUCAGGCGGAAUGCAGUUCGCUACGGUCAAGCCAUACGACAGGAAGGGUCGCAACAUGAUAGUGAUGUUGCGCUGCCAACACAAGCCGAUGAAGAUGUGGCGAUGUCGGGUGCUCUGCCAACAACAGAGGACGAUGGACUAGAGAGCACACAAAUGGCCAUCGACACGGACUCACCACCAGCUGCGUUGGUGGAGACUGUUCCAUCGGAGUCAUACAAUGUCCAGGAAGCAAAGCGUUUGAUUCUGUCCCUCCUGCCACAAUCGACCGUGUCGCCGUUUCCACUGACUGUGCGACCUGUGCACUGGGACUAUGCGCCUUCUGCACUGACAUUGUAUCCACUGCCGCACGCUUUGGUAGUGGCGGAUGCCGAAGCUCCUCCUUUCUCCAUCACCUACGAAGGCUGCCACGUCAUGAACCCUGGCAGGCUCGUGGAGGGUGGAGGAAAGAGGAAAAAGGUUCAGUGGAUCGAGUAUGACACCUGGACCAAGCGCGGUGGCGUUAAAGAACUUUGGAUAGGUUGA